AUGCAGAAUCAGUCUGAGGGAUGGAGAGAAGGCCCGGACUGGGCGAUGCGAUCCAUCUACACCCUGUGUGCAAGGAAUCCUGCUCUGGACUUCUCCGACCUCCCGGAGCUGGCUGGCAGGCGCCUUGCGGCUCUGGCCGAGGAGGACCAGCUGUCGCGACCGCCCAGGGACCGACCAGGCAGGUUGAAUGAAUUGGUUUUUCAGCAGAAGAAAGAUAAGAAAAAGGUAGAUGGCAAACCAUUCUUAAGGAAUGGCGCAAUUUUAUUAGAGAAGUUGAUUACCUCGUCUAAUGGUAAACAAAAUCCAAUUAGAAGUUUCUCCAUUGAAGAGCUCAAGAGGGCAACGAAUAACUGUCACCUUAAGUUUUACAAAGGCUUCCUAGAUCGCCCUAUUUUUUGUAUGAAGUAUGUAGAGCCUCAAACACAAUACUCGGUACAAGACUUUUGCUUUAACAACAUUGUAUUUGCAUCAAAAAUAAGCCACAAAAAUGUUUUGAAGUUCAUCGGAUGCUGCUUGGAGACUGAAACUCCCAUUCUAGUUUUUGAAUGGGUAGAAAAUUACUCUCUUGAUGAUCAUAUUCACCGCCGUCAUGAACUCAAUUCUGAGCCUUUACUAUGGAGGCAUAGGUUGAAGAUUGCAAUGGAAAUCGCUAAUGCAGUGGCAUAUAUUCACUUUGGACUCCUCAGACCAAUUGUUUUUAGAGACAUCAAGCCAUCAAAUAUCUUGUUAGAUGAACAUUAUGCUUCCAAACUCUAUAAUUUUUCAUUAUCAGCUCCUAUUCCAGAAGGUGAAACCCACAUAAAAAAUGAUCCCCUAAUUGGGACAGUGGAUUACAUAGCACCAGAGUACUUUUAUACAAAUGAAUGUGACAAAAAGUACGAUGUUUAUAGUUUUGGUGUAGUACUACUUGAGCUUUUCACUGGACAGAAAACCCGUCAUCUCUUGGGAGAAGAUGAACAUUUUACAAUGUUAAUAGACUGUAUGGUUAACCACAUUGGAGAUGAUAUUACAGUUGGAUAUUUUUGGGCUACCUACGUGAAGAAACAUGUUGACAACAAUACAUUUAAUGAGAUAGUAGAUCCUAUUAUUGCCGGAGAGGGAUCAUAUCCCUGGAAAGAGCAACAGUUGCAGGCUUUUAUAGAUCUUAUCUUUAAAUGUCUAAACACACCAGAAGAAAGGCCAACGAUGAUUGAUGUGGCAAAGCAUCUCAGGCAAAUUUAUCGAUCUGCUACAAAUUAAAUAUGUCUUGUUGAGGAUGGCGCCUCUAUAUAUGUUGUUGGUAUUUCAGGUCUUCAUUUCCCAAUGUAGAAGUUGUAAUCUUAAUGUAAUAUGAACAUAAGUAAAUUAGUAAUGAUC